AUGGGCAAAAGAGGUGGCAGAAAGUUUACUCGUGGAGGUCGUGGAGGCGGCGGCGGCGGCGGUGGCCGUCGCAGCAACAACUGGCAGGACAUCAGCCGGAAUAAUGCGAAGAUGGAGCGCUACUACACUGAGUCGGGCAUUAUCCCCGAGGAGGACCUGGAGCCUUUCUGGGACUAUAUGCGUCGGGAUCUCCCCAACAGCUUCCGCUUCACUGGUUCGCGUGGACACGCGCUCGCUGUCCAAGAGCGCCUCAAGGAGUUCUACAUCCCCGAAAUCACCGCUAUCAAGUAUGAGGACGAAUUCGUCGAGCCGCCUCGUCCGGUCUCUUGGUACCCCGACCAGCUUGCUUGGUCGAUGUCCACUCCCAAGCAAGUCAUUCGCCGCUUCGCUCCCUUCGCCAACUUCCAGAAGUUCCUCGUUGCCGAGACCGAUGUCGGAAACAUCAGUCGCCAGGAGGUCGUCAGCAUGAUUCCUCCUCUCGUUAUCGAUGUUCGCCCCGGAAUGACGGUUCUGGAUAUGUGCGCCGCACCUGGAAGCAAGUCUGCUCAGCUGAUGGAAUUAAUCCAUGCUGGCGAGGAAGUCUCCAUUGUGGAUGCUGCUAAGAAGAUCAAGGAAGGCACUGCCGGACCCGAGCCCUUGGGCCCUGAGGGUCUCAACGACGAUGGCCGCACCACUGGUCUUUUGAUCGCUAAUGACAGCGACUACAAGCGUGCGCACAUGUUGAUUCACCAGAUGAAGCGUCUUGCCUCGCCCAACCUGAUUGUUACCAAUCACGAUGCUACCAUGUACCCGUCUAUCAAGCUUCCUUCUCUCGAUGGCAAGAAGAACCGGUACUUGAAAUUUGACCGUAUUCUUGCCGAUGUUCCUUGCUCAGGUGAUGGGACUGCUCGCAAGAAUUACGGUGUCUGGAAGGACUGGAACCCUGCCAAUGCUAUUGGUCUCCACGUUACCCAGGCCCGUAUCUUGGUCCGCGCGCUCCAGAUGCUGAAGGUCGGUGGACGUGUAGUCUACUCUACUUGCAGUAUUAACCCCGUUGAGAAUGAGGCUGUUGUCGCUGCUGCUAUCGCUCGCUGUGGUGGCUCUGCCAAUGUCAAGAUCAUUGACUGCAGCCAAGAGCUGACCGGCCUCAAGCGGGCCCCUGGACUUCGCAACUGGAAGGUGAUGGACCGUGAGGGUCGUAUGUGGGACAGCUGGAAGGAGGUUCAAGAGCACAUUGAGAAGGAGGGAACCACCGGCUUGGCCAGAUUCUCCGAGGGUAUGUUCCCGCAGACCGGAGAACAUGCCGACCUCCCACUCGAGCGCUGCAUGCGUGUCUACCCCCACAUGCAGGAUACUGGCGGUUUCUUCAUCACUGUCAUUGAGAAGACUUCCGAGAUCCGCGCCAAGCCAGAGGAUACCACCAACACUGUCCCCAAGGCCUCAGUUGCCGCUCUUGCCUCAGAGCUGGAUGCUCGUAAGAACAGCAAUGGUGAGCCUUACCAGAAGCUGGAGGCCUUGGACGAUCUUGUUGUUCCCGACGCCGAGGCCGACGCCGAGAUUGCGAAGAACGCCUCUGUCGCUCAGGCCGCUCACCAACUUCCUUACUCUGCUACUCUUGAUUCUACGGAGGCUAUCAAGCGCGAUGCUGAUGACUUGGAGGACGAGCUUCCCGCCAAGCGGACCAAGCUUGACAAUGGCAGUGAGGUCCUGAUUGGUGACCGACCCGUCCACCAACCUGCGCCAUCAGUGGCAACGGAGCACGUUGACACUCCCGGUGAUAGCACCCCUGCCACAACUGCGACUCCUUCGCAGACCGCCCCGGGCUCUGAGUUCCCCAAGAAGAAAAAUAAGAUUGUCCAGGAGGAGCCGUUCAAGUACCUUGAUGGGAACCACCCAGAGCUCGAGCCUAUCUACAAAUUCUACGAGGUGUCGGAGCGUUUCCCUAAGGACCGUUUCAUGGUGCGCAACGCCGAGGGCACCCCGACAAGAACUGUCUACUACACCAGUGCUCUUGCCCGCGAUAUUCUUACCAUGAACGAGGGAGGUGGCAUGAAGUUCGUUCACUGUGGUGUGAAGAUGUUUGUGAAGCAGGAUGCGCAGCGGGAGAAUGUCUGCCGCUGGCGUAUUCAGACCGAUGGUCUGAAGAUCAUCUCGCCCUUCCUGGGCCCUGCCCGCGCCGUGGUUCUCACCGAGCGGGAGACUCUGCGCACACUCCUUGUGGAGAUGUUCCCCAGAAUUGAUAACGACGGCUGGAAGAAGCUGGGCGAGAUUGGCGAGCGUGUCAAAGAUAUCCCAAUGGGCUGCAGCAUCUUGCACAUUGAACCCAAUGGAAAGGAGGGUGGUCUCACGUAUGUUUCUUAUUCCAGUUCUCUAACCAAUGAUACAAUUUCUAACCCACUUUACAGCGAGCGGAUGGUGCUGCCUCUCUGGCGCUCGAUGCACUCACUGAACCUCAUGCUUCCCAAGGAGGAGCGCCGUGCCAUGUUGCUGCGCAUUUUCAACGACGAUACCCCGCUCAUCAACAAGACAGACAAGAACCAGCGUCCCGCUCCUGUUGUCGAAAGCACUGCCGAUGCUGAGGAUGUUGCGAUGAAGCACGAGAACGCCCAAGUAGGCCAAGAUGAGCAGGAGCAGAUGGAAACACGCGAGACCUAUACGAAAGACGGGGACGAGGAGGACCGCUUCAACACAACGGUCUAA